ACAUUUUGAUUUUUACUAUUUUUUUUUCGUUCCUUGAUAAAAUAAUUGAAUUCUCGACAUGUCAUCUCGCCUCAUCACAAGGACGUCUUUAUUAAAUAAGGCAGUUUGUGCCCGAACAGUUCGUCUAUAUGCUACCGAGACAAAAGCGGCAGCUACAACAGCCACUGAGCAAUUUCCUGCAGAGACUUUCGGCGGAAAUGCCUGGAGAAAUGGCUUGAUUGCGGUUGUUGCAGGUUUUAUUUGGUACAGAGUCGAUCAACACAUCACUCACUCUGGCGAUGAAAAGCACCCUUUUACCAAAUGGAUUGAAUACCAUAUGUCAACUGCAGAAGAAAACGAUCAAUAUAGUCAUGCUAAAAUAGAAGCAGCAAAGGCAGCAGCCGAGUACAAAUUACUCGUACAAAGCUCAGAUCGUAGACCUAUUUACCGCAUGAGAAACACAGAACUUUUUGAACGUCAUAGUUCUCGCGGUUAUACUAUGGGAACUCAAUGUGAUUUAUCUGAUCUCAAGAUUAGAUCUGAUUAGUUGGUGUACUUGACUUAUUCUAUUACCAUACGUGCUAUUUUUCUUUUCUGUGCAUGUAAAAAUAAAAUUGUUAGAUUGUUUGGGCAGUCAUAGCAAUUGAUCAUAACAGGAGGGUGAAAAAGCAGACAAGUGAAUAGGAAACAUAGUAAACAGAUGGUAAAAGACUACAGAAAGCGUCGUUCGCGAUCAAAUUACUGCAGUUUAACCAGCAGAUCAUGAUUUACAAACAAAUGUGGGGAGGGGGAGCAUUUUUAGUUUUCAGAAAAGCAAAUACAUCUACCGCAUUUGAUUGGUUUGCAUUUUGAUUUGUAAGGUUUUAAUCUAUAGAGGACAAGUCCGGCUCGGAAUAAUGUCGUCAUACAAUCAAAAAAAAGUGGUAUAAAAA